AUGGAUGUAUUCGCCGAAACUCCCACCCAUUGCUCACAUGUAUAUGUGUCAGUCAAUUUUAUCCAAAGUAAUGAUAUUUUGAAAAGGGAGCUGCUCAGUCGGCCUAUAGUAUACUAUAUCGAAUUCGGCCCUGAUGAUUAUGAAGACGCGGAUCUAGGAACGACGCUUGGGUUUCUACGCGGGAAAGUGGCGGCACUUUUGCGAGAGAACGAGUUUUUGGCUAAGCAUAAUCAAAAGCUGAACUAUCUUCAGGGUGAUAGAUUGGAUCUCUUUAAGAAAAAGCGCUUAUUGACUCAAGAUAGAGAAUUCCUCUGUAAUAUGGAUGUUAACACAGGCGAUACGUUAACCUGUAUCGCUCAAAUCUAG